UACAAAAUAAUAGUAUAGAUUAACCCCGAUUUUAUGAUCAAUUGCACCGUGUUUGGGUGCAGUGACUUUAUGAAAUGAAUCAAGGUCAUAAUCCAAUGGUAGUUUCUCGGGUAUGGAGACACUCUCAGCUUGGACGACCCUAUAACAUGGAAUACGCUUUCCUGCUUUUUCUUCUCUUCUUCCAUGUCUUCCUCCCUCACUCCUCUGGUAAACCCAAUGGAGUGUGUGUUUCUCAAGGUGGUCGUUUUCCUCCCUUCAAAUCAGAGGGUCUCCCGCCCAAAAGCGGUCCUAAAGAUUUGACCCUUUGUCGUGUUUUUCGCAAAAAGACUUGCUGUGAUGUUUCACAUACACAUCCUGCAUUGCUGUCUGUAAGGAAGCUUGCUUCUGCUGGGGAAGCUAGCCAAGAGUGUUUGCACUUAUGGGAACUAUUGGAAUGUGCCAUAUGUGAUCCACACAUGGGUACUCGGCCUGGACCUCCACUAAUUUGUGAAUCUUUAUGUGAGAGAAUUUAUGACGCAUGCUCAAAUGCUUACUUCUCUAUGGACGUGAAAACACAGAUGCUUGCACCAUGUGGAGGAAAUGACUUUGUAUGUGGUAGGGCUGCUGAAUGGGUCUCCAAUGGUACAGAUCUCUGUCUUGCUGCAGGUUUUCGAGUGAAGCAAUCUGAUGUUAUCGAUAUUGCAUCAGAAGAAAUUUUUUGCUAUGGUGAUAAAGCAAGUCUUGGUUCAGUUGCUGAUUCAUGGAAGUCUUCACAGUUUGAAUCGACCAAGAAAGGGGAGAGCUCGGUGAUAUUUGACGAUUUCAAUCAAUGGGCGAGGGAAAUGCCGUUCAGUGAAAGAAUAUCUUGGGCUAUAGGAGGGAUGGUUCUAACAGCAGGAUUGGUGUUUAUAAGCAAAAGAAAAAGCAAUAGCCAACGCCAGAAACUAGCAGCUAUAAAGCGCACCGCAAGGAAGCUGGGAAGCAGAAUGGUGGAUCAGCAGCCUUCAGAUGCUCCAGAAAAUAGGAAAAAAAUUUCCUGAUGACUUGUAUGUGUAGUUGUUAACAAUACAUAAUUAAUUGUGGUAAUUUAUAGGUCGAUCUCAUGUUAUUUGUUUUAAUUAAUAAUAAUCUAAAUGAAGUAGAGUAUUGUUUUUUUUGUAC